AUGAGGCAUGUCUAUAGAGGGAGGCAUGUGCUGGGAGAGGAAUCUGCAACCCUUGAAAUUGUAUCUUCUGGAGGAAGGUCUAUAUGGUGGCUAGAUACUCAGCAUUUUGCCCUACCAUUUUGCCUAAUGGUUGUGGCUAUAUUGCUCAUUUAUCUUAUAAUACGGGGAGCAAAUCCACCAGUCCUCAUUACACAGAAAGCUGUAUACCGAUGGACACUGGAUCCACACGAUCGGGAUGCUGUCUUGUUGAAUGUUGCUAUCAAUCAAUUACCAAUCCCUGAUUAUCGAGUAAUUAUUGAAAUUUCGUGUAUUCGGUCACAUGAAGAGCUUUUAGCUAUCAAACGUGCCUACCAAAUUCGCUGCAAGCAUUCCGUGGAAGAAGACUUGGCUCAACAUACUACUGGUGAUAUUCGCCAGCUUCUGGUCGGGCUAGUAAGCGUAUAUAGGUAUGAUGGCAAGGAGAUUAGUGCGAGGCUAGCAAGCUCUGAGGCAGAAAUACUUCAUCGUGUUAUCUCAGAAAAGGUAUAUAAUCAUGAAGAAACUAUUCGAAUCAUAACUACAAGGAGUAAGGCUCAAGUCCUAGCAACUUUGAAUCAGUUCAAAGAUGAUUAUGGCACAAAAAUUACUAGGCAUUUGAAGGAUGAUUCGAGUCACGAAUACUUAUCUGUAUUGCUCACUGCCAUCCGAUGCAUUUGUGACCAUCACAAGUACUAUGAAAAGGUAGUUCGUUGUGCACUUAACAAGCCUGGGACUGAUGAGGACUCGCUCACUCGGGUUAUUAUCACGAGUGCUGAGAAAGACUUAAAGGAAAUAAAGGAGCUUUUCCAGAAGAGAAACAGUAUGCCUCUUGAGCAUGCAGUGGGAAAGGAGACUUCGGGCGACUACAAGGCCUUCCUCUUGACUUUGCUCGGAAAGGAAGAUUAAUUUGGUUGUUAAUACUACUAGCAGGACAUAAUAAAUUUAGCAUCACAGACUGAUUCCAAUUGAAGCUUUAUGCUUCAUUAGAAAGUCUUUAAUAAAAUCCUGCUAUGAGUUUGUCGAGAUGCUUGUGGUGUUUGAGGAGACUACUAAAGCCUCUAUAAAAUAAUAGCAAUGGGUUUGAAAAAA